AUGCCGAAAGAAGUUGCCACUUUCUUAAAUUUGCCUGAAGCUCAUGAAUACACAGGGCACAGUUUCAGAAGGUCCUCGGCUACAUUGCUCGCCGAUUCAGGUGCGGAGUUAUUAACACUAAAACGCCACGGAGGGUGGCGGUCGAGCAGUGUAGCCGAGGGAUACAUAGAUGACUCGUUGAGAAAUAAAGAAGAAAUUAGCUCUCUCAACACAAGGAACAUACAUUUGGCACGAGCACACAGGCGUACUUUCCACCAUCGUCGCCCCAGCCGCAACCGCCUCCGCCGCCGCCACCGACGACUGCAUCUCGUUUCUCCUACUUUCACUCAAGAGAAUAGAAUUGACGUUGUUGAAUUCGGAGAGGACGCAUCUACUUGUAUAGCUGUGUAG